AUGGCAGACAGCGUAGUAACAUCAUGGUGGGACCUGGUGUCUUGGGUGACAGAUACGGUGCUGCAGCCAUGUGGGCCCGUCAUUCCCCUUCUCUUCUCUCGUGAAUCCCCCCCCACAGUGGUUGGCACCAUCCUCUGUCCAUGGGGCUCCGUCGAAGACAACAGGCUAAGGCUUUGCCUCCAAAAACCGUUAUCUCCGGACCCUCCUCUGCUGCUCAUCGACCUACCCUCCUGUGAUCUCGAGGGCGUCUGCCGCAUAACGUUCGAAUGCUCCGCCGAGCACUCUCGAGGUGGCUCGUUGCUGGACGAGCCGUCGUGGAUGGUUCGCUGCAAUGGGAGCAAAACCGGGUACGGGAGACGCAGAGCGGCUACGAAGGCUGACAUGUGGGCACUAGAGGCAGUGCGGCCGGUGUCCACGGGUGCCGGGUUGUUGCUCCCCCCAAAACUAGACUCGGCGACGGCGGGUCCCACUGCUUGUGCCUUCAUGUACAUGCGUGGGAGUUUUGAGCGAGUGAUAGGCUCCCCGGACUCUGAGUCGUACCAUCUCGUGGAUCCAACCGGUUGCCUCGGACCCGAGAUCAGCUUCUUCUUUCUCCGUGGCUAAUUGACUAAUUCUUUAUUUUAUUUCUUUUAUCCAAAUUCGU